AUGCCCUUGGACAGUGAGCAAUCGGGGACUGAAACAACAGGAGCCACAAAGCUACAAUCUUCUCUCAACACGAGUUCUGCCUUGAAUGAGCCCCAAAAUCAAGAGCCCAAAUCUGCAAUUGGUAGACAAGGCCACUUAAAGAACGAAUCGACAGACAAUGCUUUGACCUCUCAUGGUCAACAAGAAAAAGAAGAAGGAGAGGACGAUUCCAACAAUAUAGUCGAUUUCUCGGAAAAUGAUCCUGGAGAUCCACGGAAUUGGCCCAAGUCACGAAAAUGGACAACCACCAUGAUUGUCUCUGGUUCCGUGUUUUUGAUGCCGCUCUCUUCAUCGAUUGUGGCUCCAUCGUUACAAACAAUCUCACAUCAAAUGCACAUGCACUCUGACGUGGAAGCACAGCUUGUUCUCUCAGCAUUUGUUCUGACAUACUGCAUUGGACCUCUUCUUUUGGGUCCACUUUGCGAGUUAUUCGGGCGGAUUGUUGUUUUGCAAUCCGGCAACACAUUUUACCUCAUCUUCAACCUUUGCUGCGGCUUUGCGCGGAACAAGGGGGAACUGCUUGCAUUCCGUCUUUUGGCUGGAAUAGGAGGAAGCGCGGGGCUAGUUGUCGGCUCAGGAAUAAUAUCCGACUGUUUCAAUCCUGACGAACGUGGCUGGGCUAUUGCCAUUUACAACAUCGGACCCCUCAUUGGACCCUCGUUGGGUGCAGUUGUAGGAGGAUUCGUCACACAGUACUCUACCUGGCGCUGGUCCUUUUGGGCCACGUCCAUAUUCGACGCGUUGCUGAUCAUCCUUGGCGCGAUCUUCGUCCGUGACGAAACAUACCGGCCGAAGAUCCUUGAGCGGCGGAAGAAGGAGCUCAUAAAGCAAACCGGUAACAGGUUGCUUCAGACCCCCUACGAUAUCGAGAACGCCGCCCAGCACAAGUCGAUUGGCCAGCUGUACCGCCGCUCGCUCCUGCGUCCCAUCCGCCUGUUUACAACUCAGCCCAUUGUCCAAGUCCUUUCCCUAUAUUAUGCCUACCUUUAUGGACUCAUGUAUCUUGUUUUAUCGACCUUCCCCAAUCUAUGGCGCGAUAGAUAUGCCGAAAGCACAAGCAUUGGCAGUUUGAACUACUUUGCUCUUGGCACCGGAUAUUUUAUCGGCUCACAGAUUUGUGGGCUGUGCGCGGAUCGAAUAUAUCGCUUCUUAAAGAAGCGCAGCGAGGCCAACCCCCCGAAAGCAAAACCAGAAUACCGUCUUCCUCUGAUGUUACCCGCCUCACUGCUUAUUCCCUGCGGCAUAUUCAUGUACGGCUGGUCCGCACAGGCACACACUUCGUGGAUCGUGCCUGACAUUGGCAUCGGACUAUUUGCCUGUGGCGCCAUGAUUGGGUUUCAGUGCACGAGCGCAUACUUGAUUGAUGCAUACACACUGUAUGCCGCGAGCGCGACGGGAGCCGUAUAUUUGCUUCGAGGCUUCACAGGGUUUGGUUUCCCAUUGUUUGGUCCAUAUUUGUACCAAUCCCUGGAUUAUGGAUGGGGAAAUAGUGUGCUGGCGUUUAUUGCCCUGGGCGUGGGUGUCCCUGCGCCCAUUAUGCUCUGGUUCUGGGGUGAGCGCCUGCGGAGAGCGAGCGGAUAUGCAGCGGGGGGAGAAUGAGCGGGGUAGUCUGGAUGCUGUUUACUUGAUACUAUUGAUCCCCUGUCACCAUCUAUGCUUUUCUUCCUGCUCGUGCUUGCAUUACUGAGAACUGCAAAUAUUAUGAUACGCCUCUUCAGCUUUCUGACGCAAUGAAUUGGGGUCUUCAGCAGCCUAGUUCUCAUAAAGGCAAACAUCAAACAAGAACGUGCACAGAACCGGAGUUCUGCGAUGCAAAGUGACGUGUCCCCUUGGGUUUCCUUGUUGUGUCGUUGCAGCC